CGACCUUAUUGCGAGUGGGCAAUGGAUCCGCAGCACGUGCUCGAGGAGAGUGUGCCUCUGGUCAAGGCGACCAGCUCGACACCAUUCGAAGGGGACGCUCUACUCCCUGGUGGUCCCCAGCCACUCAACUCGCUCGAGAUUCUCGGGUUGCUUGCCCAAUUCGGUGCCGUCGGGUUCAUCUUCACGCUCCUGCCGGCUCUCAACUACCCCAUUUUCAAUGUGUACUUGCAAAUGGAAGGGUACCAGACAGCGUCGUACGGCGUGCUCGUAUCCCUCGGCUGGUCCUUCAAAGUCAACUUUGGCAUGUUAUCCGACUGUGUGCCCAUCCUCGGAUACCGCCGCAAGUCGUGGAUGGUUCUUGGGUGGUCCGUUUGCUUUGUCAGCUUGGCAAUCAUGGCGUUUCUACCGGUUGGCGCGCCGUAUUGCAACCGCCAAGCUAGCAAAUACUGUCGCGUGCCUCUCGCCAAGGUGCCCGAAGCGGAACGACGGGCCCACUUCAAUCUUGACGCGCCGGACCAAGGCUCGCUCUUCAUUCUUCUGUCGAUGGUUGCCUCCAUCGGUUACAUCAUUGCCGAGUGUGCUUCCGACGCCAUGAUCAUUCAGUAUGCGCAGCGCGAGCCGUUGGCGUUGCGAGGCCGGGUACAGACGGCGUCGUUUACCACCCGAUACCUCUGUGGCAUCCCGGCCUUGCUCGUGACAGCUUUUGGGCUGAAUGGCAUCCAGUACAACGGAACGUUUUCCUUUUCAGUGUCGCCUAACGUCCCGUACGCGAUUUCGUUGGUGCCGUGUCUGAUGGCCGCCGUGGCCGCCAUCGUCCUCGUCCGCGAGGGCUCCAUUGCAAGUGCUCCCAUCACGUUUACGUCGUGGUGGCGAGGGUUCUGGUCGUUGCUCCAGCAACAAGCCAUGUGGCAAGUUUGUUUCUUUAAGUUUCUCAACGGGUUCUUUCGGACGAUCACGGCCACGCCGCUGUACCCCAUCAAGGCGACAUGGGCCAACGUGGCGCCUCUCACGGACGCCUUGUCCACGAUGGUCGGGAACGCUCUCUUUUGUGCGGCGCUGCUUUUUGUUGGACGGUAUGGCUUGCACUGGAACUGGCGGUGGAGUCUUGUCGCGGCCAACGUGUCUAUCUUGGUCCUUGACGCCACCGUCAUCCUGUGCACGACUUGGGACGUUGUUCGCAAUCAGUGGUUCUUCGCGGGGGUCACGAUGUCGGAACAAAUUCCAAACGGAAUGAUCAUGAUCAUCGGAUCGUUUUGCGCCGUCGAGAUGGCGGACGUCGGGACGGAAGGCGCCACGUACGGUUUGCUCACGUCGCUGGCCAAUUUGACGUACCCCCUGUCGUCCGCCGUGUACAAAUACAUCGAUUCGUACUUUUUCGUGGCCCAAAACGAUAUCAAGACCGACUCGGACGCGGUGCGGUGGGACGUCACAAGCGUGUACGCAAUCUCCUACGGCUGUAAACUCGUGGCCCUAGUUCCCCUCGUGCUGCUGCCACCGCAAAAGCCCCAACUGCAAGAACUCAAGCGUCGAGGCGUCACGAGCUCCGUCGCCGGCGCCCUCGUGCUUGUUGUGUGUGGGUGCAGCUUGGUGUUCUCGCUCGUGUCCAACUUCUUGGCCGUAUUUCCAUCCACGAAAUGCUUUCGAAUUGCGGGUGGCAAUGGCAUCGUUGGCCCAGACGGGUACUGCUUGUAGAGUGUUCUCCCAUGCCAGCCUUUCCAUGGGACGCGGUACCUUGUAUGCAUCGACGCAGAUAUGCCGGGAACGGCACGAGAAGAAAGGUCAACUUGUUUGUGAUGUUUAGACUUGCAUCGUCGAAUGUGUUACGGAUGCAAUUGCACGAGGCCAGCCCGGACGAGCUUUUGAAUCUUGGGUCCAUACACUGGGUCCUUCAUAAACGUUGACAGGACUCCCGGCUGCUGACACGCGCGAAGCACACGUUGCAUAUCUGCGUCGCUCAAGAUUUCCUGGAGCUCGGGGUCGGCAAGGACGCGCUGGACCACGACCUCCUCAUCCGGAGUCGUGGGCAUCGACGUCAGUGCAGCGCGUUGAAUGUCCUGCUUCGUCGGCGGUUUGGAUUUCUCCUCUUCGAUCUUGCCAAGCUACGGCUCAUGUUUGGCACAGGCACCAUAGGCGCUGACGCACGAACCUCUUCGAAAUGUUGGCCCAUGAACUCGAGAAAGUCUUUGAAGAUUGCGCCAAAGUGUGGGUCGCUCUAUACAAAUAGCACCACCGUCAUGCAAAAACAUUUUGCUCGCUGC